UUUUUUUUAAAUUUGGAAAAAGACUUGAAAAGUUUUCAGACAGUUUUCUUUGUACUGAAGGACGCAAUAUACUUUUAGUUUGCAAAGUUUGGAAGGGAGUGUGUGUGUUUUAAUCCCUCCAACUUUCCUUUAAUAUACUUUGUUUUGAUUAGCGAAGGCUGGGCCUUGUGCUAGUGAAGUUUCGGGGGCCGGGAGCGUCCUCGGCACCAUUUGCCUGGCUUCCUUCUCCCUGAAUCUGGGUGAAAGCAAACAAGCUGGUCUUUUUUGCUAGCCCGAUAAAUGCUAUUUAUGAAGAUGGACCUGUUGAACUACCAAUACUUGGACAAGAUGAACAACAAUAUUGGCAUUCUGUGCUACGAAGGUGAAGCAGCUUUAAGAGGUGAGCCCAGAAUGCAGUCUCUGCCAGUAUCCUCUGCUCUAACCAACCAUCGGACAGGCCCUCCUCCGAUCAGCCCCAAUAAGAGAAAGCUCAGCAUGGACCAAGGGGAUGAUGAGCUAGACUGUGAAAAUGAACACGUUUCUAAAAUGAGUCGAAUGUUCAAUCCACAUCUAAACAAGACUGCCAAUGGAGAUUUUCGGAAGGAGCACAGAGAGAGGAGUCGCAGCCCGAUAGAGAGGGCUGCUGCCCCAACCAUGAGCCUUCAUGCCAAUCACAUGUAUGCCUCCAUCCCAAGUUUGACCAUGGAUCAACCUCUCGCACUGACCAAAAACAGCAUGGAUGCAACCCGAACAGUUGGCAUCGCACCUACACUGACUUCUGUGGAACGGCAGCAGAACCGUCCGUCCGUCAUUACGUGUGCUUCUGCCAACAACCGCAACUGCAACCUCUCUCACUGCCCCAUUGCUCACAGUGGCUGCGGCUCAGCAGUUCCUGCCUACAGAAGACCCUCUAGCACUACCACUGCCUGCGACCCAGUGGUGGAAGAGCACUUCCGCCGAAGCCUUGGCAAGAAUUACAAGGAGCCUGAGCCAGUGGCAAACUCUGUGUCCAUCACAGGAUCAGUCGAUGACCACUUUGCCAAAGCACUUGGGGAUACGUGGCUUCAGAUUAAAGCUGCGAAGGACGGCGUGUCGAGCAGUCCCGAGUCUGCUUCACGGCGGGGCCAGUCUUCCCCAUCCUCCCACAUGGUCAAUCAUAAUCACUCGCCCUCUGUAGUCUCAUGAAGAGAGGACCGUUACGUUUGUGAAUUUGCAUGGUUUGACUGAGCUUUGAACAGUGCUUAAAAUUGUGUUGGGGGAGGGGAGAUGAUUAGUUUUCAACACGUGUUUUGUGUACUCACUUUUUAUUUGUAAAAGGGUGCCCUUAAAGAUGAUAGCAGGAACUAUUUCGUACAGAUUCAUAUGAUGUAGCAUCCUUUUUCCUGCCUCAAUUACCAAAGAAACCUCUGAUGCAAAUCUGCUGCCCCUUAAAAAAAAAUGCACGCUAAUCCACAAAAGCCAUUACAUGUAGUUGGUUGACCCAAAUGCUUUUUGCUUUUACUAGCUUCUUGAGACUAGAAUUCGUCUGGUUUGCUUACAUUACUUUUUUUUUUUUUUUUUCCCUCUGUGAAGUAAUUUUGUAUGUAUAUACUUGAAAAGAACUGUCAUGUAUGAUUUGCACUAUUGGAGGAGGACUGAAGUUGCAUAGCAACUUUCUGGAAAGAUGCUAAUAUUUUGAGGGCAAACUGCUGAAAAAAAGGUUUAAGGAUGACAUUUCUAUCAGUUUGAUUUUUCUUAAAGCAAAACAGCUUUGGAAGGGGAAGUCUCAUACAGGUUAUAGGUCUUUCUCUCUUUAGAUUUCAGGUGCUUAGUGCUUGCAACUGGACUGCAUAAUUUACAGAACACGGGCAUUUUUUCCUAAACACUGCAGUUUGUUAGAAUAGAGCUGAGGUUGGAGGGUUCAAUAGUGCUUAACGAUGCAUGUUUUAUGAAAAAUAGCUGGUAUCUAUUAAUGUAUAGACAGUAAGAAUCAUAAUACUUAUUAGCUUUUCUUCAGAAUUAGUUUAUUUUUGUCAGUAACAAUCCUAGAUAUACUUACUGCUGGUACAGUUGUACUCUAUGAUAUUUGUAUUUGAUAUUCACUUUAGUAGCAGCCAGCAAAAGAGGACAGCCUCAGGACAGGCCUCAAACGACGCAGUUUGGACAUAUAGGAUGCGUGGUACAGGAUGCUAUAGCUUUGCGCAUGACUGAGUAAUUGUUUCUGUCUGCAGCACUGUCUGCUUAGCAGAACUCGCUUCCGAAAACUAAGUCUGUGUAAUCCACCUUUAACUAGCUGCAGAAACUGCUACCGUUGCGUAUCUUGGCUGGACAACAGAUUGUUACAGUUUGUGAAAUACGCUCUUUAAUUUUUGUAAGCUUAUUCAUAAACCUAUGCCAAGUUGCAGCAUACAUUCCUCCAUUAGAAAACUUUAUACAGGUAUUACCGCAUUUAUUAUAUUAAUAGCUACUAACUAGAAAUUAGGCAAUAGAGGCAGGCAUAAACCCACAGCUGUGCUAGUACUAAGCGCUUCUCCUUGUUAAGUAUAACUAACUACUCUCCCCGUACAUUCCAUCUUCCCAGUGCAGUCGCAACUAGGCCUUUGUUUUUAUACUGGGUUACCUGAGAGGACUGGUUCAGUGUAAAACGUCAGAACUAGUUGGAAGAUGAACGACACGUGAUGUAUUAUGGACUGUGUUACAGUAUUGGGUCCAUUGUGGCUUUUACGUUUGGUGUUGUUGUUUUUUUUUUUUUUUUUUUUUAAAGUUAAGCUAUUUAAUUUGGAAAAGGUGCAGGGUAGAAAGAUCAGGAGAUUGGCUCUUACUCUUCUUGAGAGGUGGCUGCUCAAUUUUCUUUGAAAAAUUUUUAAAAAAAAGGAAAAAAAAAACCAAAAAAAAAAAAACAAAACAAAACAAAAAACCCCCUAAGCC